AACAAACUUGCUGAAGAGUGAAGACAGUACAUCAUAUUGGAACCGAUUAGCAGGAUAUGCUAAAAGCGCGCCUGUUUUCAAGUCUCGGGAUGCCCGCUGUCCGUUCCUUUUAGCGUGCCAAGAACUUGACUGACCUGUAAGCCUCAGCACCGCGGGCGCCAUCCAUUAUGACUCGCAGGUCGUCAUCCCUUCUUUGGCACGUCGUCGUGACGGUCUCAGCGUUGCAGUCCGUAUUCGCUACACAAGUCCCACUGUAUCCCAUCGAUGGAGGGAGAGGAGAUACCCAUCUCUCUUUUGCUUAUCCCGGUUCAUAUGGAAGUAGCAACCUCCCACGCUGGCGCCUUGACGAGCCUCCAAACCCAAAUGCAACUAGCAACUUUGUGUUUGAGACCGUUCACUCCCUUCUCCAACACUGGCCAAAUACUCGCAUGAGAAAUGGUCACGCCAUCGUGCCGGGUAUAAUUCCGACUGGGACAUUGCUUUAUCAUGCAGUAAUCGAUUCCAAGGUACCCAAAACGCCAGACUGGGUCGGUUUAAACCCAGAAGAAUCCACCGCUUUCUGUCUCAAGUCCGCUGAAGGAUGCUAGCACUUCACACUGGCUACAACUCGUCCAUUGAGAGUUCUGUACUUUGAUGGAACUAGUGCCGCGAAGCUAGAAUACGGGACCACGCGGACAUAUUGGCUUUGGGGAGACCGCUUCCGGAGAAGACAUGCAUGGAACAGCAAUGUAUUUUGGCCUUCUGCCAAUGGGGACAGCAACUUGGGGUAGAUGG